AUGGCUAUAGAUAGGGCACCAUACAUAGAUCAGUCCCAAUCUAUGAAUAUACAUAUGAUUAAUCCUUCUUAUGCUAAGUUAUCUACUAUGCACUUUUAUUCAUGGCAAGGAGGACUCAAGACAGGUAUGUAUUAUUUUAGGACACAAGCUGCUGCAGAUGCUAUUAAAUUUACUGUUGAUCAAGCUGUUGCAGCAAAAGCAGCAGCAGCUACUGCAGCAGCAGCAACUAAUGCAGCAGCUAAUGCAGCAGCAACAGCUAAUGCAGCAACAGGAGGAGGAGGAGGAGGAGAUAAGGAUAAAGAUAAUAAUAAGGGAAAUAUAGAUAAUGUUAUUGGUAUAGCUACUAGUAAUGAUGUAACAAAUGGCGAUGCAAACAACAACAGCAGCAGCAGCAGCAGUGAUCCAGCAGCAGCAGCAGCAGCAGCAGCAGCAGCUAAUUCAGGAGCUGUCUGUAGAUUUAGGCCAAGAGGUAUUGGAGAUGAUGAAGUCUGUGCUAUGUGCUCAGGAUAA